GAGAAUCCACGUCUUCAAGAGGCAAAGGGACAAAGUAUUGAAAUCGCCUGGAAAUUGUCCAGAAAGAACGGCAAGAAGUCAAAUGUUCACCUCCGGCUCAUUUGGGAAGAAAGAAAAGAAAAAUCAAUAUGCAAAGAAUGGCCUCAUUUUUCUAGACGGUGUCCCUCCAGAAAAACCCCAAGGAAGUUCUCCCUUAGCAACAGCCCAGAAGUUCCAGAGACUGUCCUAACUCCUGAUGUUUAGCUUCUACCUGGAAACCAGACUUAUCUCUGAGUCUUCCUGCACACCAGAGAAAUGCACGCGGUAGUGGUGGCAGCAGAUGUGAUAUUAUUGCUCCUAAGCAUGGGGUGGACAUCAGACUCUCUCUGCUCACCCACCAUUUUUUACAGAGACUGCUGGAUCCGUCGCUUCCCCGGGCUUCUGAUCAAUCUGGAGGAGUCUCAGAAGCUGGGAGCCCAGUUCUUGAAGUAUUAUUCUGAAAACACUGGCCAGAAGUGCAGCAGGAGCUGCUGUCUUAGGAAGGAUGUUUCCUGUAACUUGGCUGUCUUCUACCAUGAUCCAAUUCAUGACAAUGUCAACUGCCUGCAUGUCCACUGCCCGACGCUGGAGAGCUGCAUAUUGGAACCUGGAACCAGUGCCAUUUUGUACAACGUAACAGACGGUAUAGAUCCAGAUUUGCUGGUUUUUGGACAAUCACCUUCUACAUACCUAAAUACCCGCUCUUCCUCUGAUAGGUGGGACAGACUAAGGAUUCUAAAAGCUAUGAAUUUAGAUAAACAACAAACCACCGUGAUAAACCCUAUGAUGACAUCAAUAGAGGCUCCAUCAUCAACCACACAUCAAGAUUUGGUUGUGAAUACAAACAAUACCGGUUAUUCCAAGGAGUUAACCACAGAUUUUUUGGCAAGAUUCACUUCCCUGAAUGACUCCAUUACCACAAAGGUAAAUAUGGUGUCACCAAGUACUGAUUUCAUCAACAAUCCAGAUAACAAGACUAUUUUUCCUUUCUUUAUGCCUGUAAGCACCAAACUUUCCCAUAAGCCUAUCCUAUCCCAACUCAACAGUAGCAAACAGUUACUGAACAAAACCAAGGGGUACAGCAGCAGAAACCACACGUCUGCGAAUGGAAACGAGACCCCUGAUGGGGUAUCUGUGACUGCAAAGGCCUGGCUGGUUCCCGUGGCCCUUUGUACCUCUGUCAUCUUUCUUUGCUGUUGUGUGGCCAUCCUUGCUUCUGGACACUGUCAAAAGCAGCAGGGCCAAUAUAAGCUAGGACGGAGAAAGUCAGGAUUCAGGCAAAUUGAAAAAUGUAACACUCUGAAGGAGAACUCUUAAAAGUUGUAGUGAGAUUGUAAGCUUUCAAGGGUUAUCAUUUCUAGUUUUCUGCAAGACAAGGGCAGUUUGAUUAAAGAAAACUACAUUAGGAUACCCACUCCUGCCAAUCUCUAAAAAAUGGUUGGUGCUUGAUAAACAUAACUGCUUUUUUGAUUAUUUCCAUUUUUAAGAGACAGAGUCUCCCUCUG